CGUUCUUAAAGCAGGUACUGGACGCCCUUAGCGGAUUAGUUGGUGUAAAUAAAUAGAAAUGGGACCUGGCGCAGAAAUGAAUGUUUGUAGAUAAACAUUUAAUUGGAAAGAAUCUAAAUAAAAAAUGAAGACCGGUUGGGCAAAAGCAAAUACUGUUGAGUAAGCGGCUUCACAAUGUCGGGUGUUGGAGGGUACCUUCCUAUUCUAAUCCUAGCAACGUUCCUCUGUCAAAUACUAACAGUACAGGGAACAGUGGACGGAAGCUGCGAUAUUUCAGAACUCCCGUUUGAUAAGCUUAAAUGUCAGGACAUUAAGAACGACCCCGUGAAGCCUGUUAACGGUGCAGUAAGUUCCGGUCACAUCUGCGUAUAUAAAUGUUCUCGAAACCAGCAACAAACAUGGGCGCAUUGCAACAAUGGGCAAUGGAAUGGAGAACCGGAAAAAUGCCUAGAAAACCCGUCAUCAAUCAUUCAUCAUCGACCGAGGAGGUGGGGUCGCUUCUUUAGACGAGUCUUCAGAGCCAUCAAAUGUGUAUUUGCACGGUGUAGUAAAGGACCUCGAGGAGACAGUACCCCUCCCAAGUUAACCUGUCCACCAGACCAAAACAGAAACGGUGAUCCUUUCCAAACUCACGCAAAGGCUACUUGGGUCACGCCUACCGCAUUGGACAGUCGUGAUGGUACCGUUACUGUCUACCAGUCGACAUCCAGAAGAUCUGGAUUUCCUAUAUCAGAACCCGGAGCGUCUAUUGGUUUCUACGCAAAGGACAAAAGUGGCAACAUGGCUAAAUGCAGUUUCCGUAUAAAUGUCAAAGUUAUACGGUGCCCACGGCUGCAAAGGAUGACUGACGGCUACGCGAUUUGUCACAGAAGUGAUGACAUGGUACUCAGUUCCUACUGCAGAUUCGGAUGUUACGAGGGACAUGAGCUAAUCGGACCGAGCUAUGCCCAAUGCAAGUUGACAGGGCGAUGGUCGUCAUGGACACUUCAACAACCCAGCUGUCGAAAACAUUCCUGUGAUCCACUUUUACCUUCUUCGCCAUUGUUGAGCAUCACACGCACAAACGGGGAUUUGUUCCGGUCUAUUGCCACGUUCUCGUGUGUGUCCGGAUAUGACGUACCAACGGGUGUCAGGCGUGCGGCGGUGUGUGGAGUUGACAAAACAUGGAGUUCUACUGUUCCAAACUGCGUUGACAUUGAACCACCCAGCUUUAAACCGUUUCCGUCUUCAAAGACGUUCUAUAUUGCACGAAACGACAACACUGUGGCAGUAUACUGGCAGGGACCGGAAGUAGAGGAUAACUCUGGGGACACUUUAGCAGCAGAACAGAAGAAUACUUGGCCUAACCAAGGCGACGCCCUCGCAGUUGGAACAUACACUGUAACAUAUACAGCAACGGACAGUGAAGGCAAUAUAGCCAGGCCUCUCAAUUUCAAAAUCACCGUCAAAGAAAUCAGGUGUUUCCAUGUGUAUCCAACUCCAUAUACAUCUGUUAUCUGUACGGGGAAUCGCUUGGGAUCUACGUGUAGAUUUAACUGUUCAGAUGGGGCCAAACUUAACGCUUCUUCGAGUGUGACCAGUUGUGAUAGAGAGGGUAGUCCUCCGUACGGAGUUUGGGACUGGGGAACACAGCAACCAUUCUGUGAAUUACCAAAGAAUUGCCAGCUUCCUUCAGCGCCUGACAAUGGCGCACUGGCAUGCGACUACUGGUUAGGUGGGCGCUUCUGUCAGCCGCAGUGUCAGGUGGGAUACGAUAUUUCCGCUAGAAGUACUUACACUGACCUUCUCAUCUGUAAUGAUGACGGAAGUCAUAACUGGCAGCUACCUCUCCCCAACUGUAUGCCGUCAUCCUCAUCUGGCGGAACAAGAAGAACUGUUGAAGUAGUUUUCUUCACAGGGAGCUGUAGUGACGAGACCACACAAAUAGAAAUAAAACAAAACUUUAUAAAGAAGCUGGUGUCCACUUCUUUCAGUCAUGGUUGCGGCAGUUCUCCCAAGUGUAGUUGGAGAAACGUACAGGUAAUAUGCGGCAAUACAAAUGGAAAGCGAUCGACAGGCAUUACAAUCUCUUUUGAGAUCGCGAUGAACUCAACAGCUAUGAACGAAGAGGAGUACUACAAUCAAUACAUGGAAUACGCGUCGCUUAUUGAGACGUUGAAGGUAGAUGUGACUUCAGGAACACUCACCUUACAGAUGAAUGAUAAUACAACUAUGAAGGCUGCUGAAAUGUUGAUGGGAGAUAUCGGACUCCAAUGUGUAGAAAACACUGUCGCCUCUACGAAAACGUUUUCAUGUGUGGAGUGUCAGAGUGGGAGCUACUAUGAUGCCACCACCGAAGAGUGUGUUUUAUGUCCAGUCGGUCAGUACCAGACAGAGCCCCGGAAAAGUACAUGCAUCCAGUGUCCAUACGGCACGUCUACAGCUACGACAGGCUCCUCAAAUCAGACCCAAUGUCAAGCGUCUUGUCCUCCUGGUUCAUGGUCUCCCUCCUCCUUACCUCCGUGCACCCCUUGUGACGUAGGGUAUUAUCAGAGUGAGUUCGGGGCCACAGGCUGCAUCGCCUGUCCAGGGAACAAAAUCACCAAGAUCGAUAACUCUUCAUUAGAAAUGGAAUGCGUCGAUUUCGAUGUGUAUUUCCCCGACAACCAGACCGCCGGCGUCCUACUCAGUAACAAAGAGGCUGUCCCUGUGAUAGGAUACACUGCAGUUUGGUGGCAGCAAUGCAGUAGCGAUUGCACAGGAGAGGUUUUUGUACUAAAAAAUGAGACAGGGGCAAAAUCCUUAUCGAUGACAUUUGCAUCGACAAUGACAAUCAGCGUUGAAGGACAGACAAUUAGCAGUGGAUUGGCUCCUCCUGACGAUCGAGGAUGGCAUGUGUUCACGUUAAAAAGAAAACACACCUUCUUAGAAUGUUUCAUGGAUAUGUCCCUACUAGUUAACAUGACCGGACUUGCGGAACAGACCGUCAUUGGUGGUGUGACUCAACUAGGAGGAAUUUCUUUCGAAGGAACUAUAUCACAGUUCAACAUUUUCACCGAAUCGAUUCCAUUAGCAACCGACAAAUGUUCGAACGACAUGUCUGGCGAUGUGAUUAGCUGGAGAAGCAUCCUCAAUGCCACAAUGAAUGACGCCUUCAUACAAAUCCCUAGUGUGUGUGACGAUGUAAAUGAAUGUGAUUCUAGUCCAUGUUUCCGUGGUAACUGCACUGACGACUACAAUAGCUACCAAUGUAAAUGUGAGGUUGGUUUUACCGGAAAUGACUGUGAUGUUGAUUUAGACGACUGUGAGAUGAAUUCCUGUCAAAACAACGCCACCUGUCAGGACAGUGUUAAUAAUUACACAUGCCAAUGCUUGCCGAAUUUCACAGGAGCACUCUGUGAAAUUGCUAUGGUUGACGGCGACUGGAACGAGUACAGCAACUGGACAGAAUGCAGCGUGACCUGCGGUAAUGGGACACAGAUACGUUUUCGAGCUUGUGACAAUCCCGCCCCGGACAAUGGCGGAGCUGAGUGCUUUGGUGAUAGUAACGAGACGAAAGUGUGUGAACAGGAAAGCUGCCCAGUGUGUGGAGAGCUAGUUCCACCAAUUAAUGGCUCCCUGAAAUGCAUCAAUGAUGGCGUGGAUAACGUGUGUGAACUGGAAUGUGACGUCGGAUAUGUGACGGACAUCCCAAUUCCUGAUAACUACUCAUGCGGCAACUCUACCUUUGAUCAAUGGGAUUUUAAACUUGAAACCAACGUCUUCUCGAGACUUCCGUCCUGUGUAGAAACCAUUGACCCUGAUGACAUGAGGGCAACUCGAACGUCUUACUAUCACGGUUUAGACUGUAAUACCCUCAGCACGAACACUGACACUCGGAUAGCUGUGAUUGGAAAACUUGGGGCUGUAGUUGAAUCACUGACGGGUGUCAAGAAUAAUGACUGCAAGGAAGAUCAGAAGUACAUCAAUACGUGUGAGAACAGACGAAGACGAGAUACUUCUUCUGAAUCUGCUGCGUACACCAUCGUACUCCACUGCGACUCGAAAUCAAAAGGAGCGUCUGAAUGCUAUGAAAUUUUGACGCAAGCGGUAAUCGGUUUGGAAAGUUUAGAGGAGCAAGGCGAAAUGAAUGUCGUUAUAAAUGGUAUUGAAUACACUAUCAACGUUAGUCUGUCAGAAGCCGAUACAAGUCUAAAUUGCCCAACUGGAAUGGUAGAAGUGCUUUCCUACUGUGUUCCGUGUGGACCUGGCCGUUAUUACUCGGAAGAUGAGUGUGCCUUGUGUGAUUUUGGAUUCUACCAGGACGCCACACAACAAACGUCGUGCAAGGCCUGUCCAACAGCUACAUCUACGGAGGGCACCGGCUCCAUCAGCGCCGCCGAAUGCACUGUUGUAUUGCCUGUUGAGGACUCUGUGAUAGACUCAUCUGUACUUGCAGUUGGUGUAAUUGCUGGAAUCGUUGCCGGAGUAGCACUCUUUGUCCUAGCCGUCGCUAUAUGUACUGCAGUGAGACUGAAAAAAUCAAAAAAGAAGAUAUCGGAUUCAACACUGUUUCAACGGCCAAGUGCUCUUCAUAAAGGCCUUACGAGAGAAUCGACUACUGCAAGUGUAAUGAGUAUCACAGACAUCGACAGUUAUUACCCGACCCGUACAGAUACUACCGCAAAAACGAGAUGGAAUUCAUCUAGUCUGAAAGACGACGACUGCAUGUUAGAAUACCAAUCACCCUUAUUUCCCAAGGGUCACUUGAUACCACCAUUAACAACUGAAGCCCCACAUCUGAUACAUAUGACCCCGUUACCUGACAAUCAAGCACCGUUUUUUAGUCGGCAACAAACACAGAGGAUUGGUUCUAUGCCACCGAUUACUGGGCAGGUUGAUACAAGUAUAUCGACGAUAGACAUUUUACCCAUUGGAAAUUAAUAUCAUCAAUGAUUUCGGUUUGAUAAACUUCGAUUAAGUAAUGUUUAUUGCUUUAUUAUCAACUUCUCGGUAUAUAAAAGCAGCUUAUCAGUUUUGAGUACACGUUAAUCAAAUGUUACAAAAAAGCAAUGCAUUUGUGAUUGUUUGCAAAGUAGCUUCAAUAUAACAUAUCAACGAUUAAUAAUGUGUUGUUUCUAUCAUCAAGUUGUUUGUAUUAAAUAAGUAACUGCAAAAGGCAGUUAACUUAGUUACCAAUGCAAUUGUUAAAUGUUACAAAUGCGUAUAACAUGAAAGAGGACAAAAACAGUUUUUUUUAAGUUUUUAAAGCUGAAUCAUGCAAUCAAUGGCAAAGCAGAAAAACACAUUUUCGCAAAAUCAUACAAAUCCUUACCAUUAACACAAAAAAUAUAUCUUAAUACCGAGAUUGAACAAUAUACUAUUUUGUGUGUGUUAUAACCCGUUCUGUUUUACUGUUUUGAUGAGGAAUAAUUUAUCAGACGAAGUUCGUUUUGAAGCGAAUAUGUGUACACAAGUAUCAAUAAUUCCGUCCGUUUAAUUCUUACUCAUUUCGUUCAGUUUCAGUACUAAGGCGCUGAACACUGAACGGCACUGGCUCUGCUACGGCCGUUAAUAUAAUUAGACAGUUUGUCGAAAAUAUAUUUUACCAUUUUUCUUGAAAUAUAUUUUCACAUGUAUAAUCAAAACCGUAGUUUCAAAUCAUAAUCAGUUUAUUAUCGGUUUCUCUUUAACCUAGUGUAGAAAAAAAUACGUUAAAAAACAUGGAAUUUUGGAAUGUUCCAGGCUAUAGUUAUCAAUUUAACAGACCGGAAUGUUAAAACCAAAAAAAUUGUGAAAAACAUUACGCUAAAACCCGUUGUCUGGUUAUUCGUAUUGUAUAAUUUACUUAUAACUAAUAAUUAUCGAAGGUCCUUAAUUGACACGUAGCGCGUCGCAAAAUUGUACAAGUGUUGUUAUUUGAGUAAAAUAUUAUUAAAAAUGAAAUAUGUAGGGAUUUCUUCCAAAUUGUGACUGAAUUUUGUCUAAAUUCAUAUAUGCGCGGUAUGGAACACACCACAAAAAAGAUUGUACGCAGAGAAUAUACAAUUACAAAUGUAUAUGAGAUACAAGACAUAAAACACUUGCUAAAUGACACAUUUUGGAGGUUUUAUACCUAUAUGUUUUACAAAAUAUUAUUUAUAUAUUUGACAAUUGUUAUUGUUUUAAUUAUUGCUCAUUAAAGCUUACUUUUAUUUGUCACCUUUUUUAAAUAUCAACUUAUCAGAUAUGUGAUUUACAUUGACGUCAGGUGUUAAACGAUCUUUGACACAUGGAGAUAUAUAGGAUCUUACAUGAGUUUCCAUUUCAUAUGAGAUUUAUCAAACCAGUCUUAGUAUUUUUCAAGGCGAGUUAAAAUGAAAACUUUGUGACGAGUUUCAUAAAUUGCAUUUGAAAUGAAUACGAGUGUAAGCUUUAAGGAUGUACAAUGUACUCGUUUUGAUCUCGUGUAACAAGUUUUUGUAAUAAUUAAAAAGUUAUAAUCAAUUUUAAUAGCAAACACUAAGCUUAAAAUAAGUGUCUAAAAACUAGAUGCCAAUUGUUUAAAGAAAUUUGAAAAAUUACGAAUUUGGCGGCAAUCUUUAAAAUGUUAUUUUUUUGUACUUCACGAAAGACUAAAAUUUCGCCUUUUUUUGAAACGGGAUUGCUCACUUAAAUCGUCAGUAUGUCGCCAUUUUUUAAUGAAGCAAUUUAAGUUUGCUGUACAACUUUAUAAUGUUCAGUAUAAUAAAAAUAAUAUGUAACAAAGUCGAAAACUACAUAUUUAUACACAAACAACAAAGGCGUGGUUUAAGUUUAUACAUAUAUUUUUUAACAUGUUAAACGAUAUUAGGUCAUGUAUACAUUCAUCACACUCACUGCUCUGUCAUCCUAUACAGUACAACUGUAACACUCCCUCUGUCAAUCCAAGAAAAUAUUAUUAUCAUUAUAUAACAUUAUAAUACAUCAACACAUACAAAAAUAUUUAACAUUCGGCCUUAAAUGGGGGCUGGCAUAAUUUAAGCUAACGGUAAUUCAGCUCACUGGGAAUGACAUGAUAUUAUAUGAUAUUAUGCAAUAUCUAUAUACUGUUGCUUUCAUGUCCCUGUGGCUGAAUUACUAGGAGUAUGCAUGGGGAUUAUAGACCGAGUAUGUAAAACUGUAGUGUAUUGGAGCCGUGAGUCUCGAGAGGUGAGUCACCUCAGAGCCGUGAGUCUCAAGGGAAAACCUAUGUGCCACACUCGGUCCGAUGAACCCCAACUCCACUUAGAUACAACCAGACUGCAGGUCCGACAGCUGUACAGCCCAGCCCAAGAGCCGUGAGUCUCAAGGGUUUCUUCGCCGUGAGUCGUUUAAACAGCCUGAUUGUUUAAUACAAAUGUAUACUUUUUGAAUAGUUAGUAAUAUAAUACUUGGGGCCAAAGAACGUAACAAUAGCCAGUGAAGCCGAAAGGGUUAUUGAGUAGUGGAUAGCCCUUUAAGACCUGUUAUCUAUAUAUCAUGCCAGCUCCUAAUAUUAUGCUUGAAGUACAAGUACGUAACUGUUGGAAGAACAAUAAAUACUAAAUAACUUGUUUAUAUAAUACACAAUGUAUAUAUCUGAAUAAAGACUGGUGGCUGGGGAUGGUGUGCGGUUCGAUGAAGUUGAGUUGUCUAAUGGUGGUACGUCUUUCACCCAGCAAGAACAUUUUAAAACUGACUCGGGUGACGCUAUGUAUGUUAAUUGUCUUAAUUUCCGCGCGAAAUUCCUGCAACUUGAUUGGCUAAGAUGCUGAUGCUGACCAGUGGUCAAUGAUCU